GUCUGUGAAACCAGGACAACCAUCUCACUCUGCGUCUGCCUCUGUGCCACUAAUACACAGUUAAACCUCCUCGAAUAAUAAUGGGGCUCACCAUCUCGUCCAUCUUCGGUCGGCUGUUUGGCAAAAAACAGAUGAGGAUUUUGAUGGUUGGGCUGGAUGCUGCUGGAAAAACGACCAUCUUGUACAAAUUGAAGCUCGGUGAAAUUGUGACCACCAUCCCAACCAUUGGUUUCAAUGUGGAGACAGUAGAAUUUAAAAAUAUCAGUUUCACUGUAUGGGAUGUGGGUGGCCAGGACAAGAUCAGACCCCUCUGGAGACACUAUUUCCAGAACACACAGGGCCUCAUCUUUGUGGUGGACAGUAAUGACAGAGAAAGAGUGGCUGAGUCUGCAGAGGAGCUCUCAAAGAUGUUGCUGGAGGAUGAGUUGAAAGACGCUGUUUUGCUGGUGUUUGCUAACAAACAGGACCUGCCCAAUGCCUUAUCAGUCAGCGAACUCACAGACAAACUCGGCCUACACGCCCUCCGCAACAAAACUUGGCACAUUGAGUCAACCUGCGCCACCCAGGGCACUGGGCUCUAUGAAGGACUUGACUGGCUAUCCAAAGAGCUGUCCAAGAGCUAAAGAUGGAUUGACUGGACAGAUGAGAGAGAGAGAGGGAGGGAGGGAGGGAGAGAGAUAGAGAGUGAGAGCGAGACUGAGCACCACAGGACAGGAGAGAAGGCACAGACAUUCAAUCCAGAAACAUUUGGUCUUCCAGCACCAAUGUUCACAAAAAGGAAAAGGCUGGUGGACAUGUAAUCAUCUUUGGGGAAAUUUGAAUAUCUCAUACUUUUUCUUUUACUAUUGAUACUAUACUGUAUUAUCUCUUGGCAUAGUCUCUAAUUUUCUCUUUUUGUUACCUAACUCUUACCUGGCAACAAGUUGUAAUUACACAUUCAGUUGCAUUUUGAGUAAAUAGAUGAGCGAAUGGUGUAUUAGGGAAAUUUCAUGGAGGUGAAAUGAAUAGGGUACUAGGAGUUGAUUUUCCACAUCUUGACUCCUGUCUCAAUAGCAUUUGAAGUAAUCAACCACUCACAUAAUUGUUGGCCUUACAUUUGAGCCUGGGUUGGGGGAUAUGAUAAUAUAACCCUAGGCUGCCGUGAGCUGUCCAUCUCCAUAACCCCUCAUGGAUAUUUAACUCCCUUGCAGACAGUACCUUUUAUUCUUCACUGUUGUGUCCUCAAUCUCAUGCCAGCUCAUUUCAGUGAAGGCCUUUAGGCUGAGAUGGAUAAGGAUUGCAGUGAGUUCACAGAUUUUGUUAAUAGUGUGGAACCAAGUGGCCUCCUACUAAAUGGAUCCAAAAAGGAACUUUGUGCCUUCUGGUACCUCUUUACACAGAUCAGAGUAAUCCUUUCUUAUUUCAGUCUUAGGCAAUGUGCCCUCUUCAGAUACUUUUGUGACCUUUUUUUUCUUUUGAAAGACAAAAUAAUGCAAUAAGAAUGUGCUGCAAUGUUUGCUGUGGUGCAGCAGAACCACAGUGAAGUGUGACUGCUUCAUGCAACUUGACUUCACUAUCAGCCAGGAGAUUAUCCUGUUUGAUUAUUUGUGAAUUUCUCCUAACUCUCCCUCCUUUGUUUUUCCAAUAACCACCAUAAAAAUGAUUUGAUUAAAAAAAGUUUAGUUCUUUUUUAACCUACAAGAAGGAAGGAAGCAGCUCUUCAGUGCUGACAUGGGGCCAGUGCAACACAGUGAAGUUGCAUGUUUUUUUGUUGUUGUUUUUUGUCUUUGAUUUGGCAGUGCUUAUUGCUGAGUUUGCUGUAUUGUUUGAAGGUGAAUACUGUAUUAUAUACCUAAUUAUUUUACCCCUUCUUGAAACACAAAAACAUAUCUGCUCAUCAACUUAUUUUACAUUCCUGCAUAUGCUUACAGAAUCUGGAGCUGCCACUAAUUAAAAAUUGUAUGUGCUAAAAAUAUUUUGCAAAACAAAGCUCUGAAUAAAGCCUAUGUUAAGUAAUAA